CUUUUAGACUGUAAGCAAGUAUCCUUUUCAUGGUCUGUUUAGUGCCACGGAGGAACCCGAUCAGCAUCUCCCAGUGGGUUCCAGGAUGCAGCAGGCUGGUACCUUUGUCUCCUGCACAGGGACGGUGGGGCAGGCCUCUGUUCGGCACUUCCCAGUGGCCCCAGAUGAGCCAGUCCCUAGCAUGUGGUGGCUCAGAACAGAGCCCUGGAAUAGACAUACAGCUGAGUAGGAAGUAUCACACCACAGAUAAGCUUUCUACCACCAAGGAUUUCCCAGAGCCUGUUGAGGAAAAAGUUGGUGUCUUCACGAAGAUAAUAGAAGCCAUGGGGUUCACUGGACCUUUGAAAUACAGUAAAUGGAAGAUUAAGAUUGCGGCACUGCGCAUGUACACUAGCUGUGUGAAGAAAACUGACUUCGAGGAAUUCUUUCUAAGGUGUCAGAUGCCUGAUACAUUCAACUCGUGGUUUCUUGUAACUCUUCUUCAUGUCUGGAUGUGCCUUGUGCGAAUGAAGCAGGAAGGCCGGACGGGGAAAUACAUGUGUCGUAUCAUAGUUCAUUUUAUGUGGGAGGACGUCGAGCAGCGCUGCAGAGUCAUGGGGGUUAAUCCCUAUAUCCUGAAGAAGAACAUGAUGAUUAUGACAAAUAAUUUCUAUGCAGCAAUCUUGGGGUAUGAUGAGGGACUCAUUUCAGAUGAUCACGGGCUGGCUGCUGCCCUCUGGAGAAUGUUCUUCAACCAGAAAUGUGAAGACCCUCGGCAGCUCGAACUGUUGGUAGAAUACGUGAGAAAACAGAUUCAGUACCUGGACUCCAUGAACGGUGAGGAUCUGCUCCUGACAGGGGAGGUGAGCUGGCGCCCUCUAGUGGAGAAGGAUCCUCAGAGCGUCCUGAAGCCCCAUUCUCCAAUUUAUAAUGACGAGGGUCUCUGAUGGGCUGGUCCCUCUGAGCAGCUGGCUGGCUGGCUUUGAAGAACCACCAGGAGAGAGGUGCCUCUUUGGCCCAGGAUCCUGCGGAAAGUGGCCUGCACUGACCUAUGAACAGCAUCUGUCAAAUACCUUGCCCCGAUUGUGUUGGUUUUCCUCUAGUGUACCCAGGACUCUGACCUGGUAGGGCAUAGAGCUGGGAGAAGCUCUUCCCGGUGUCCGCCCCCUCAAGAGAAGCCCUGAGCAGGAGCUCCCCAGCACACACGUUCCCCACGGCCCCUGUAGCCCCCUUGUGAUUAACAGCUUUUCCCAGAGGCUGCAGAAGAGAUGGGCUGUGUUAGAAAGGGGACACCCCCACCAAGGGCCCACUGUGGCCUAGGAGCAGUUCGUGAUACCACUGUGUCAAAAUAGGCAACCACGCUCUGCCCCCUGGCUUAGAGCUGUGGGGUUGAGUUGGCCAUUAAAAGACACAGAAUUAACUCUC